GAGAAGGGAAAGGCAGAGUGAGAGAGGAAUUGACAAGAAGAAUGGUGAGUUUUUUUAGACAGAGAAAGUGCGCUUUUAUUUAAAGAGAGAGAGGAAGGAAGUGGACAAGAGUUUUUCUCUCUCUUUUUUUUAGGGGAAAGCAGCCAUCCCAUCACCAAGCAGUCCUUACUUGUUCUAAGGCAGAGUGUGCGUAGGAUAAGCAGAAGAAGGGUGAGGGAAGAAAGAAGUGAGCUGUGACUGUGAGGCGCUCCACAAAUCUCUCACCUCCUCUCUCUCCCUCUCUUCAUUUUUGUUGUCAUCUCUAAUCUGUUGCACAUGCUUAAGUUUGUUAGUAGUGUGGUCAUGCCUGCUUCAGCUUAAAAGUUGCAGCUGCUCCUCUGUCUCCAAGGGUGCGCAGGAUAAGGAAGUAGGGAGGAGGAGAAAAGCUCGCACUCACCAAACUGAGCUACUUCUUCCUUGUGAAAUCAUGGGUUUUAGCAAAAGAUUGGUUCUUUCGAUUUUGAGCAUACUGGGUUUGCUCUCUCUUGCCUCCGGGGCUCGCCUCUACUCUUCCUCCGCUUCAAAGCAGAAGCUGGACGUCCAGAAGCACUUGAAUCGGUUGAACAAGCCAUCUACCAAGUCCAUUCAGAGCCCGGAUGGAGAUAUCAUUGACUGUGUUCCCAUGUCCAGCCAGCCAGCUUUCGACCAUCCUUACCUCAAAGACCACAAAAUUCAGAUGAGGCCUAGCUUCCACCCAGAAGGACUGUUUGAUGACAACAAAGUGGCUGCUGCAGCAGAAUCUAAAGUGAGAGCAAAUCCAAUCAAGCAGUUGUGGCAUGCCAACGGUAAAUGCCCUGAAGGCACCAUUCCAAUCAGAAGAACAAAGCAGGAAGAUGUUGUGAGAGCGAGCUCUGUGAAAAGAUAUGGUAAGAAGAAGCAUAGAAGCAUCCCAAAGCCUAAGUCAGCUGAACCUGAUCUCAUUAACCAGAGUGGCCACCAACAUGCGAUAGCAUAUGUUCAAGGAGAUAGGUAUUAUGGAGCCAAGGCCACCAUUAACGUUUGGGAACCAAAGAUACAACAACCCAAUGAGUUCAGCCUGUCUCAGCUAUGGAUAUUGGGAGGAUCCUUUGGUGAGGAUCUCAACAGUAUUGAAGCUGGUUGGCAGGUCAGUCCAGAUCUUUAUGGUGACAACAACACAAGGCUCUUCACCUACUGGACAAGCGAUGCAUAUCAAGCAACUGGGUGCUACAAUCUGCUAUGCUCGGGCUUUAUCCAGAUCAACAGUGAGAUAGCAAUGGGUGCAAGCAUCUCUCCUGUUUCUGGCUUCCGCAAUUCCCAAUAUGACAUCAGUAUCCUUAUCUGGAAGGAUCCAAAGGAAGGGCACUGGUGGAUGCAGUUUGGAAACGACUAUGUGUUAGGGUACUGGCCAUCAUUUCUGUUCUCAUACUUAGCAGACAGUGCCUCCAUGAUUGAGUGGGGAGGUGAGGUGGUGAACACAGAACCAGAUGGGCAGCACACCUCGACGCAGAUGGGGAGUGGGCAUUUCCCGGAGGAAGGGUUUGGCAAGUCGAGCUACUUCAGGAACAUUCAAGUUGUGGAUGAGUCCAACAAUCUCAAGGCUCCCAAAGGACUUGGCACCUUCACCGAGCAGUCCAACUGCUAUGAUGUUCAAACUGGCAGCAAUGGCGACUGGGGUCAUUACUUUUACUAUGGAGGCCCUGGUAAGAACGCCAACUGCCAGUGACACCAGAAUGAGAAGAGGAGAAUGAAGGGAAAUCAUGUUCAUUUUACCUCUUCUCUUCUCUUCUCAUCAUAUAGUUGUAUGUGUCUGUUGCGUACGUCCCUAUGUAUAAUUCGCCAUCAUCCCCCCUUUGUUAGUGUAAUGGUCGUCUCUUAAUUUGCUCUGGUCUCUUUCUGGUAUACCCUCUGCUCUAUUUAGUUUUUUACUGUUAGGUUGGUUGUAGUGGACAUGUGAGGCCGGCCGGUCGACUCUGAGUCUGAGUAGUAGUGGGAAGUUUUGACUCUUUGUUUUCUUUUGUGUUUUUUAGUCUUGGAAAAAGAUUCUCCAAACAAAGCAAGUGGGGUUGGAGAACUUUGUGGGCAGUACUGUUUCUGAAAGCUGAGAAAGAAACAGGAUGCCUUUUGUUUUCUUUCUUUGUGUAUUCUAUUGGUUUGUUCAGUUGCUACUACUCCCUUCUUUGGAGGGGCUCAUCUAAAUGGAAUGAAAGCUCCUCUCUCUCUCUCUCUCUCUCUCUCUCUCUCUCUCUGCCUUGCCGCAUUAUGGUUAUGAAUGAUGAUGAUGAUGGCUGGCUGUGGCUGGUAAAGGGAGAACUUUUCAACCACAGCUGUCUGUCGAUCGAAUCAUUAUUAUGGGCUCAUGGCUAUAGCCUAUAGCUAGCAACUUGUGUGUGUUUUUGGGUGCACGCACAGCACAGUUUGCAAUUGUGAGAGGGCAGGGUGGUAGGGUUUCUUUCUUUCUUUCAUCAUCCUGGAUUCCUGGUGUACGUUGACAUGGAAAGAAAGAUUCAUUCAUUUCAU